UGAUAUUUGUAUACAAACAAUUUAACGCACAUUCCCAAAUAAUGGUCGAAUACUUAAGGAUUGAGUAGUGUAGACGAAUCUUUAUGAAUUUAACAUAUAAAAUCAACUUCGUUGAAAUUGAGCAUGUCUUCUUCCUUGCGUUUGAAUAAUCUGAGGAAAAAACCACCGUCUGCUGUGCCUCAGAAGCCGAAAAAGAAAUUGGAUAGAUUUGAUGGACUGUCAGAGGAGGAUUUACAAUCAUGCAAGCUUCCGGAUAUUCUUAAGGAGAAUUUAGAUAUGGUAUUCGUUGGGAUUAAUCCAAGCUUGACAGCUGCAUAUCGCGGACGUUAUUACGCUGGUCCAGGAAAUCAUUUCUACAAAUUAUUACACGCAUCUGGCCUAACGCCACAACUCCUUAGUCAUGAAGAAGACUCAAAGUUGCUAGAAUAUGGAAUAGGCUUGACAAACAUCGUAGAGAGGCCAUCAAGAUCAUCUUCAGAUCUGAAGAAAUCCGAGAUCAAAGUGGGUGCGAAGAAAGUUGAGGAGAAGCUCAUUCUAUUCAAGCCAAAAAUUGCUAUUUUCAAUGGUAAAGGUAUCUACGAGGUAUUUUCUAACAAAACCGCGAAGUCCGACUUCAGCUUCGGCUUACAGCCCGUCGGAAUAGGCAAUACUGCAAUAUGGGUUGUUCCUUCGAGCAGCGCUCGUUGUGCCCAUUUUCCAAGGAUGGUCGACAAGCUACACUUUUAUUCAGCAUUAAGAAAGUACCUGCUUCACGUCAAUGGUAAAAUAUCCGAUAUUGAUAUUAGGGAAUUCUCCUUUGAAGGUAAAUGUAAGAUAUUUGAUCCGACAACGUCCAAGAUGUGGCGGAGAAAAGAGGUCUCUGCUUUUAUGCAUGGAGGAAGAGUGGCCAACAAAGAAACGCUCUUGAAUACUUCGGAAGCAAGUGUGUCGGAUAUGAAUAGUACUAACUCUACUGUGAAAAAGAUGAGGGUUGGAAGAGACAGUAAUGAGACGAUGGAAUGUGAGAAUCUCUGUGUCGAUGAUGACAAAAAAAGUACAAAAACUUCGAAUAUCCACGACAAGCCGACAGAUUUAGAUAGAAGAGAUAUUUCAUUUCAAGGAGAGGAAUUGCACAGGGAUGACGGUGACGAGAAUGAAAGUAAUUUUGUCAGUUUAUCUACGCCAGCAAACAUAAUGGAAGAGAAACAAGAAGUGGACUUUGUAGAUUUAAUAAAACAGCGUCUUUCUCAAAGGGAGAAUAGUCAGCAUGAGAAUUCUACUGUUGAAGUUAUGGAAGAAAGAUCAGAAAUUUUUCAUUCUAUAGAACAAAAGACACGUGUUAAGAAACUGAGAUACUGUAUGUUGAAGAAGAAUCGAUCUAAUAGUUUGCUAAGUGGUGAAAAAAGUUGGGUAAAUGAUAGCCAUCAUUCAGGAACUUAAAGUUAGAAU